AUGACCAAUUCUAGGGUUCAUGCCAUUGAUUCUCUAAAACCUUAAUCUUUAAUUCAUAUGGAAUCUCAAGAACAAAUUUAAGAUAACCAAAUUGUCAUUUGUAAAACUAACCCUAAUAUCAAAUCAAUCCUCAAAAAAUAAGAAGGACAAUAGAAAGAGAAGAAGUAACUUCAGUUUAAAGAUGAUCUAAAUUAAAUUUAUGUAGUUGAAAAUUGGAAAAUUUAUAAUACCCCUUUCGAUGAGGAUGACAGUUGCUGUUGUGUAAUAUAAUGA